ACGCGACGUCUAUAAAUACCGUGGUGGAGAGGGGUCGUCCAUUACCGUUUGAGCUCAGUCUGUAGAGAGGAGCACCACGUCUUACUGCUGCACUUUAUCAUUUCAUUCCAGAAUUCUGGUCUAAUGGACACACUCUUUGUAAAUGCUUUUUAAGAUAAACCACUUCAGGAAAGUACACACUGGCUACUCUGCAGGCCGCGGCCUCGAGUCUUAUCUGAAAGGAUUCAACUUUACCGGCGAGCCUCCCUGGCUACCCUUAACCUGAUUAAAGCCUCAACGGAUUAAAUCUCCUUAGUAUCCAAGGUGUUUUUGUGACUCCUUUUAUCCCCCCUGUGACGAUGAAAACUCUCUGUCCGGCCGAGUUCAACCUGUCCUUAUUGGAGGAAGGCUUUACCGCCCGAGACAGCGUUGACCAGACGAUCAUCGAGUCCUCCACCGGUGACGACCGUGAUGCCUUCUACGUGUGUGACCUGGGUGACUUGGUGAAGAAGCACCUGCGCUGGGCACGGGCUCUUCCACGGGUCACUCCGUUCUACGCCGUCAAAUGCAACAACAGCAUUUCAGUGGUGCGAACCCUGGCCUCCCUGGGCUGCGGCUUUGACUGCGCCAGCAAGGCGGAGAUUCAACAAAUCGAGUCAUUGGGUGUGGCGCCGAGCAGAAUCAUCUACGCCAACCCUUGCAAGCAGGCUUCCCAGAUCAAGUAUGCCUCUGCCCACGGCGUCCAGAAGAUGACCUUUGAUAGCGAAGUGGAACUCCUGAAGGUGGCACGCUGCCAUGAAAACGCAAAGCUGGUGCUGCGUAUCGCCACAGACGACUCCAACUCGGUGUGUCCCCUGAGUGUGAAGUUUGGGGCCACCCUCAAGGGCUGCCGGGGUCUGCUGCAGCGGGCCAAGGAGCUCAGCCUGGACGUCAUAGGGGUCAGCUUCCACGUGGGCAGCAUGUGCAGGGACCCCGCGACGUACACCCAGGCCAUCUCCGACGCCCGCUGUGUGUUCGAUAUGGCCGAGGAGUUUGGCUACAAGAUGAGCCUGCUGGACAUUGGUGGAGGGUUCCCCGGCUCUGAGGAUGUCAAACUCAAAUUUGAAGAGAUCACAGCAAUUAUCAACCCAGCCCUGGAUAAGUAUUUCCCUGCUGAUGGAGGAGUCCGGAUCAUCGCCGAGCCGGGUCGCUACUACGUUGCGUCUGCCUACACGCUGGCGGUCAACAUCAUAAGCAAGAAGGUCAUCGUGAAGGAGCAGUCUCCCUCAAAUGAAGAAGAGGACGAUGAGACCAACGAAAAGACAAUGAUGUACUAUGUCAAUGACGGAGUGUAUGGUUCCUUCAACUGUAUCCUCUACGACCAUGCUGAAUGCCUCCCAAUUUUGCACACGAAGCCAAAGCCAGAUGAGGCCAUGUACACGUGCAGCAUCUGGGGGCCGACCUGUGACGGCCUGGACCGCAUUGCCGAGUACUGCAGCCUGCCUGACCUGCAGAUGGGAGACUGGCUGCUGUUUGAGAACAUGGGGGCCUACACAGUGGCCGCCUCCUCUAACUUCAACGGCUUUGCAACUCCAGACAUCCACUAUGUCAUGUCCCGCCCUGCCUGGAAGUGCAUGCAGCAGAUCAACACCCAGGGCAUGCCCGCCCCUGUGGAUGAGGCCGGCCCAGCCUGCGUCGCAGCCAGCUGUGGCAGCGAGAGCGCGGUGGAGCUGCCCGCUAAGCUCCACCAGAACCUCCUGGCCUAACCAGCCGACACCAGCGGUCCCAAUACCUCAGCGUCCUGUGCCGUGUUCCAAUAUCCAUACUAUCCGUACUAACUAGCCUUAGUUUGAGUACGUAGGGCGUUCCAAUUCAGAUCGGGUGAAAAUAAGUGUACUGAAAGGACUCGGAUGGUGUACUCAAAACGAUCAAAUCGUCAAGUGUGGAUCAAUGUACACUUUUCGUACUCAACGGCAGCCAUCUUAGCUACGUAGCGGAAGAGGGCGGAACCAGGCUGAGCCAACGUCGGCGCUCUUUCCCCAUAGCCUGCAUUAAUCAUUUUGUAGUUUUUAUAGCUGCUAGGCGUUAAGAGUUCACCGUUCAAAGCGGGAUGUUUAUUGCGGGGGAGGAGCCGUGGCGGCAGUCGUGAUCGUAAUUUCCGGUUAGUGCACCACGGAGUAUUCGAUUCGGAACAACACUGACAUCUAAAAUAUUAGCGCACUUAGUGAGUACGGAUAGUGUACUACGUUGAAGUGUACUCAUGGAAGCAUGGCUAUUGGGAUACGGCAAUGGUGUUCUUCUUUACUAAGUGUACGUUCAUUGAAAGGCCAGUAAGAUGCAAGGGUGGGAGGGAGUGCUUAGGUGGACCUGUUGGUGUACUCGGUUCUGUAUGGAAGGUGGGGAGCAGCGCUAGUCCGCUAUGUAGUGUGGACUUAAGUUCUUGAGUAACGUAGCAUUCCAACAAGGCUUCUGCUAAGCGGAAUUUGAGGGAAGAGGUCUUUGUAGUCCCAGCUCUGGGGCUCACAAAAUAUCACUGUGCCGCCCAUGCCGUUACAGAUCAACUACUUGUGACAUCGUAAUUGGAUGUUAUGUCUGUAUGUUUCGAGGAUCUUAUGCGUCAAACUUUGGAUCCUGUUGAUCUGAGAACCCUCCAUUCCAUUAAGAGGGGGUCUUUCAUAUCAAGAACUGCUGCUACAUGAUCGUUUUCCAAGAGGUCUUCACUUCUGUCCAGAACUGAUUAAAUAUAAAAUAUAGGGACUCAAAUGGCAUACUUUCUUUCUGUUAUUUUUAAUGAUUUUUUUUUUCAACCUUAGUGAUCAUGUUAUAGCCAAAUGAUUAACAAUACAUUUUUAAAUGGAUCAAUGGAGAUGGGAUUGCAUUUAUAUCGCUUUCCUAUGGAAAUUUGAGAUUUUUGUAUUUCUUUCUAAUAAAUGAAAAAACGGCA